CGAAUCUCUUCAAAAACACCUUCUUUUCAGACACAGCGACGGCAGCAUCGAAAGCACGGCCCCGCUCUUCUCUCUGUAAAAAAAAAUCGGAGAAAAUCGGCCUGAUACGGACCUGCUACUACCAAAAACACUCGCAUCCACCCACGCCCACCAAAAACAAGCGCAACAGCCCCCCAGAAUGGAUUUCGAAGAAGCCGAGGAUAUCAACGGCGUUCGCUUUGCCUGGAACUCGUUCCCGUCCACCAAGGCCGAAGCGGCCAAGAUCGUCAUCCCCACCGGGGCGCUCUACACGCCGCUCAAAUAUAGAGAGGACAUGCCAAUCGCCGCGUACGACCCCUGCUACUGUCAGAACGCGCUGUGCAGAAGCAUCUUGAACCCCUACUGCUCCAUCGACCCCACGGGCUUCUGGAUCUGCCCCUUGUGCGGCACCCGCAGCCAGUUGCCGCCGCAUUACCAGGGCAUAACGCAAGAGAACUUGCCGCUUGAGUUGAGCCCCGUGCUGUCGACGAUUGAGUACAUCACGGCCAAGCCCGUGAAACAGCCGCCCAUCUUUCUCUUUGUCGUGGACCUCUGCCAGGACCAGGACAACUUGCAGGCGUUGAAAGAGACCUUGGUGAUCUCCUUGUCGUACUUGCCGCCCAACGCGUUGGUGGGCUUGAUCACGUUCGGCACCAUGGUGCAAGUGUACGACUUGGCGCUGCCCACCAUCCGCAAGUCGUACAUUUUCCGCGGCGACAAGGAGUACCUGGACAAGCAGGUCGCAGACAUGUUGAACAAGCCCGUGGCCGCACAGCCGGGCCAGAUCACCAUGCCCAACUCCUUGCACCGCUUCUUCUUGCCUCUCGAGGACGUGGAGUACCUGUUGACCGCGCUCUUGGAAAACUUGUCUGCGGACCCCUGGGCCGUGGCCUACGGCGACCGGCCCUUGCGCUGCACGGGUUCUGCCAUCAACAUCGCCACGACCUUGCUUGGCGCGUCCUUCGCUGGCUUUGGCGCCCGCAUCUUCUUGUUCUCGGCCGGGCUGUGCACGUUGACGCCCGGCUUGAUCGUCGGCAACAAGCUCAAGGAGUCCAUCCGUUCGCACUCCGACAUCGACAAGGACAACGCCAAGCACUACAAGAAGGCCGUCAAGUUCUACGAGCUGAUCUCGGCCAAGGCCGUGAAGAACUCGCACACCAUCGAUCUUUUCGGCGGGUGCUUGGACCAGGUCGGCUUCUUGGAGAUGAAGUCUCUCUGUAGCAAGACGGGCGGUGUGUUGCUCUUGUCCGACGCGUUCACCACUUCCAUCUUCAAGCAGUCCUUCUUGAAGUUGUUCAACAAGGACUCCGAGGACUUUUUGUUGAUGGGCUUCAACGCCACCUUGGACAUCAAGUGCUCGCGCGAGUUGAAGGUCAGUGGCUUGAUCGGCCACGCGUCGUCGCUCGGCGUCAAGAACAACAGCGUGUCCGACAACGAGGUCGGGGUUGGCGGCACCACCCAGUACCGCAUCUGCUCGCUCUCGCCCAACCAUUCGUACGCGGUGUUCUUUGAUGUCGCCAACACCACCUCGUUGCCCCCUAAUGCGCAGUCGUACAUCCAGUUCAUCACGCACUACCAGCACUCCUCGGGCACGUACCGCUUGAGGGUCACCACGGUGUCCAACAUGUUGACUGGAGACGAACAAGUCUUGGCGCAGUCGUUUGACCAGGAGGCCGCCGCGGUAUUGAUGGCCAGAGUGACCCUUUUCAAGUCCGAGCAAGAUGACGGUGCCGAUGUGUUGCGGUGGAUCGACCGCAUGUUGAUCAAAUUGUGCCAGAAGUUCGCCGACUACAGAAAGGACGUGGAGGAGUCUUUCAGGUUGCAUCCACAGUUCGCAUUGUACCCGCAAUUCAUCUACUACUUGAGAAGGUCCCAGUUUUUGCAGGUCUUCAACAACUCGCCCGACGAAACGGCAUUCUACAGACACAUCUUGAUGACUGAGGACACCAACAACUCGUUGAUCAUGAUUCAACCAACCUUGACUGCGUUUGGGUUGGACCUAGAAGAGCCCGAAGCCGUGUUGUUGGACUCUGUCUCCAUUAAGGAUGACCGCAUCUUGCUUUUGGACACAUUCUUCCACAUUUUGAUCUACCACGGCCGAACUGUGGCCCAAUGGCGCAAGAUGGGAUACCAGGACCAAGAAGAAUAUGUCGAUUUCAAGAGGUUGUUGAAUGAUCCUAAAAUGGAAGCAGGUGAACUCUUGGUUGACCGGUUCCCCUUGCCCAGAUUCAUUGACACCGAAGAAGGUGGCUCCCAGGCCAGGUUCUUGUACUCGAAACUUAACCCAAGCACGUCCUACAACUCGCAAGAAAUGGCCAGUGGCGCUGUGGUACUUACAGAUGAUGUUUCUUUGCAGGUUUUCAUGUCGCACUUGCAGAAGUUGGUUGUGUCCGGAUCCAACUAAACAAACUUUGCAGUAUGCCUCACCAUCUGAUCCUGAGCCAAUGUUCAAACAUGGAACGAGGAAAUGUUUUUUUAGACUGUAUGUACGCCCCAAAACAUCAUACUAAUUAACGGU